AUGUCUCAAGAUUAUACUUCUCCCGUCAAAACUACUAAAGCUCUUGAUGAAUAUGUCUUGUUGGGGCGUUCUGGAUUGAGAAUUUCUCCAUUAUGUCUUGGCACUGUGACUUUUGGUGAACAAUGGGGAGUGGGCGCUGAUAAAGAAAAAUCGAAAAAAGUUUUUGAUCUUUAUUACGAAAGGGGUGGAAAUUUCUUUGAUACCUCCAACAUUUACAAUUUUGGUGAAAGUGAACGUUUCCUUGGAGAUUACGUCUCUGAUAAACGAUCCAAUGUCGUAAUUGCAACAAAAUAUACAACUAAUAGAACUGCUAUGUUAAAGGAUCAGAAAUUCAAUCCGAAUUUCGGGGGAAAUCAUCGAAAAAGUCUUGUGGAAAAUUUAGAUGAAAGUUUGAAACGAUUAAAUAUGAACUAUGUUGAUAUUUUAUAUGCUCAUAUGUUUGAAUAUCGAACUCCAAUCGAAGAAAUGAUGAGAUCAUUAGAUGACGUUAUUCGAAGUGGAAAAGCAUUAUAUGUUGCCGUGAGCGAUAUUCCAUCUUGGGCACUCGCUCGAGCUAAUACUAUUGCUGAAUUACGUGGAUGGAGCCCUUUCAUUGGACUUCAAACACGUUAUAGUUUAUUGAAUCGAUCGUUUGAAUUUGACUUACAACCUGCUUGUGCUGAACUUGAUGUUGGAGUUAUUCCAUGGGGUACUAUUGCUGAAGGUUUUCUUACCGGAAAAUAUACAAGAGAAUCGACAGUUGAUCCAAAACUAAACAUUCGUAAUAAAGCAAUCGGAGCUUAUUCAAAAUCUGAAAAAAAUUGGAAAAUUUUAGAUGAAGUUAUUGCAAUUUCAGAAGAAAUUGAUAGAUCUCCAGUUCAGAUUGACACCUGA